AUGUUUUCUAAAGUAUUGACUUUGUGUGCAUUGGUGUCAGCCUGUAAGGCUGUUUUCCCACUUCAUCACCACCUUCAUCACCACCCAGCGGUGUCUCACCAAGAGGUGCACAAACACAACGGACAUCACCACCCCGUGCCAAUACACCACCCAGUAAUUCACCACCAGCCAAUCGCGCCUAUUCAUCAUGUACCACUGAUUCAUCACCAACCACACGUAGCUCCUAUUCAACAUGUAACGCACUAUGACCACUAUGCGUUCCCUGAAUAUAAGUUUGAAUACUCCGUCCAUGACCAUCACACCGGAGAUGUGAAGUCCCAACACGAACACAGGCACGGUGAUUUGGUAAAGGGAGGAUAUGAACUCGUGGAACCUGACGGCAGGCACAGGAAAGUUGAGUACCAUGCUGACGACCAUACCGGUUUCAAUGCUAUUGUCCAUCACUCGUCACCUCAUCAUCACGUCCAUUUUGCUCAACACCACAUCUAA